UGCUGGAACGAGACGGGAUCUGUAGUGUGGCAGUGCCCGUGUCAAGGAUGGUGGACUCCAAAUAUGUCUUCCAGAUCACAGGGAUCAAAAACAUGCAGUUAAAACUAAAACUGCUCCAUGGAAUUCGCAGGCUGGAUGGUAAAUAUAUCGGUGGCUCUAUCUACAGAGAUGGGACCACACACAUGAUUGUCACUUGUGCACUGGCCAGUGAGAAGUUUUUGGCAGCUUGUGCCAGCGGAAAAUGGAUCGUGACUCCACAGUAUGUGAUGGACAGCCUGAAGAAUGGAGCAUGGCUGCCUGAAGAACCCUAUGAGGUGGACUUCAUUGGCCAGACUCUUGGGGCUGCCAAUCCCAUCCGGAUGUGGAGGACGAAGGUGGCCAGUGGCAGUGUCUCUGGUGCAUUCCAGGGCUGGAGAGUUGUCCUUCAGAUUGAUGACCUCAGUAGGAGCAACAUAUUCAAGCGAAUCCUGAUGGCAGGAAAGGCCAGCGUAUAUACAUCACUGUCUGACUGUGAUGUGACGCAUGUGUUCACCAACCACACGGCCAAGGAUGUGCAAUACAGUGCCCUGCACUACUCUGUGGAUCACAUCGCUCAACAUUUAUUUGGGAGUCCGUGGUCUGAGAUUUCAGAGGUGCUGAAGGGUUUUUCAGAAAGCAUCCAGCAAGAGAGCUCGCCAAUGGACACUUCCCCUGAGUUAGAGGACAAUACUCUGCUAUUCUCCCAGCUAGAAAAUCAGCUGCUGAAAUACGUCUCAAAACUUGCGCUUCUGAAAAAGAGACUUGUUUCCAUGGAUUACCUCAGUUACACGACUGCUGAUCAACUGACAGAGAGCACCGUGGUGGACUUCACCAACGUGCAGAGCCUCAUCGAAUGUGGCCUUUUGGUUGAGGCUCUGGAGGAGAUCCAGGGAAUGCUGCAUCCUGGAGUGCUGCCUUCAGCACAGUACAUAUGCACCCUCAUGGAGCGUGUUAUGCAUGGUGAAGUGAAGCCAUAUUCUUACAGCACAUUUAUUACAGUUUUACACUGCAUCCUAAGGAACAAUCCUUCGAGGGGGUCCCCAACUGUCGUGAAGUAUUUCCUGCAGAUUCUACAGUGCCCCCAGUGUAAGGGAGGGACCUGGUCUCUCUUGCAGACAUCAGUCAGGUGGUGCAUGUCCACUGAGCCUUGCUGUCACUCACUCCCCGGCCCACCCUCCCCAGAGCUGUCCCGCUUCCACGUGGACCUUCAGACCUUCCUGCUCACGCUCUUCCAGCAUGAGCUGUGUGCCUGCAGCAGAGGACAGCCAGGAGGGUCCCGGUCAUCUGUUCUAAUGCAUACUUUCUGGAGCAUUUGGGAGAAGACCACCCUGAACAGCAAGACUGUGCUGCAGUUGGCAGAGCUGCUGAUCCAGGCUUCCUGCUGGGCACUGCCAUCCUCUGAGGACUGGAAGCAGAGGCUGGUGUGUACUUUGCAUGAGACCUUGGCGGUGGUGGUGGAGUACUGGUGCCAGGAGCACAGCAAGCUUAACAAGAACCUGGUGGAGAAGGGGAUGGAAGACCUGGCUGAGCACAUUUCCAUAUUGUGCCAAGAUCGGCCUCCUGAGUUCUUCCAGGAGUUUAUUCCCAGCAUGCCAUCCAUGAAGCUGAGGAUGCUCACUGCUGACUCCAUCUACAGGAAUUUUUGCAGGAGAAACGGCAUCAUUAUAGGAACAGAGCCGCUAACCUUGAAAAAAAUAGUGUCCUCCUACCUCCCAGCCCUGGGGAGGAUUGGCGGGCGUGACUCACAAACUGCGAGGACAGGCCCCUGGCCGGGAGGCGAAGCGGGAGCUGCCAGCUGUGCCGGCCUCGUGGUCAGAUCAGGAGGGACUAAGGGAACUGUAGGAUCUGCUGCACCCAGCCAGAGUAAGAACUUCCUCAAAGGGCUACACAGAGUCAACAUGGCAGGGGAGACGCUCAUCCACAGAGUGUGUAAGAGGAACCAGGUGGAGACUCUCCUGCAUAUCCUUUCACUUCCCGGGACAGACGUCAACGUUAAAGACCACGCAGGCUGGACGCCUCUCCAUGAAGCCUGUAACCACGGCAGCUCCGAGUGCGUACAGGCCCUCCUGCAGCAUUGCCCCACUCUCAACCUGGACAUUCAGGUGGGCGGAGUGAGCCCCCUGCAUGACGCACUCCUUAAUGGCCACAUUCACAUUGCCAAGAUGCUGCUGCAGUAUGCAGGUUCUCCUCUGCUGCGACAGCGGAACACCAGUGGCAGGACCCCGCUGGAAGUGGUCUCAUCCCCGUCACUGCGGGAGGAGCUGUGGAUCUGGGCGCGGGAAGGCGAUUCGGCGCAGGGGAAGGCGAGCGGCGCGCACAUCCGGGACCCGCCCUUCCUGGAGGCUGCCGCUUGCCUGCUCAGGUGCCUCUUGCUGAGCUACGCGCUGGUGCGGGAUGUGCCCUCCUACGAAGCGAUGGCCACGCCUCCGGACCCGACCCCGCGCCUGGCCCGUGCGGUCGCCGCACACACGUCCCGGCGGGUGACGGCCGACUGGGGCGACCCGCUGCUAGUGCGCCUGGCCGAGGAUGUGGAGACGCUGCUGGGUGUGGGGUCGUGUCUGCGGGCUACGCGGGCCGCUCUGCGGUGCUGCCAGGGGCCGCACGCACGUCUGCUGCUGCUCCAGCUGGAGGAACUGGAGGCCGACGGGGCCGCCCUGCUCGCCGGUUCGCACGCCGGGAUCGGUCAUUCGCGGCAGAGUCCCCCCGGACACCCCGAGCCCGGCGGCCAGCGGCACCCCCGGCGAGACGACUCCAUGUCCUCAUACAGUGCGUCCUGAGCCGAAUUUCUCCCCUCUCUAAUGGUGUCGCUAAAUGGACGUCUCCUGCACCGGUGCCUUCUGGGUGCAGAGCGGAGGAGUUGCCCACAACCCCCGAGCUGCUAAAAAAAUGAAGUGAGAUAAAAAGAGUUCUUCCCUCCAAAUGAAACGUACCCUUCGGAUAAGUUUUCAAACGGGAACAGAUGGUGUUUUUGAAUUUUGGAGCGAACCUGCAGACAAGGUGAAUUAACACUAAAUAUAGUUAAAAAUGUAUCCUGGCAGGGCAUUGAAACACCUUCUUCUGUGUGAACAAUAUGCAGUUUUGAGGAUCACUCACUCUAAAGUCCAUUUGUACAGACUCAGAUACCCAACUUGUGAGGUUAAAAAGCACAGACCGUUGUAAGUAAGUGAAAGCUGUGACAACACGCAUGUCGCGUGCACUGUAUAUCGUUAAGUUCUUUACCAUUUUAGCAGGAGGAAGUGAGGAAUCGUAAAUACGCUGUAGCACUUGGGUAGAGGAAUCCUUUGGUUCAGGAGCCUUUGCUUAUUCAUGGAAGCAAUUGUCAGGAGGGACAGCAGACUUCAGCGCAGAGCCUCAACAUAUACUCUUGUUGCUGCUAUGGUUUGCAGCCCGUUGUAACAGCAUUUUACUGCAGAACUGAUGAAAAGUGCUGCUGAGCAGUCGUAGAUUGAAUAUGGUUUUGUUUCAUUAUAGUGUAAAAUAUAGUAGAGCAACAUAUUAAAAUGCAUGGGUUUUAGAACAACUUGUACGAUAACGUAUAUGUUUCUCCUUACACAUUUGGUUUUUAAAAGAAGUUUGUUGUGUAUCUUGUAGCCUGAGCACAGCACUGCUGCAACUGUCAGCUACUGACUCGGGUACGGAGGGUACAUUCCUCUCGACAGUUUUAUUAAUGCCAUCAGGAAACGAUGGAACAAGGUGCAAACCUAAUGUAUUCUAACUGGAAAUCAAAUUGUAUAGACAUGA